AUGAUGCUAAGGAGGAAUGCGGUGAGACCGUUGAAAACUAUGCAAAUAAGCCUAAGCACUGUGGUUAAAUCUAGUUCUCUUGCUAUACUAGGUCGUCGUCCUGCAAGUGCAGAUCUGAGUGGUCGUGCUUACCAUUCAAGUCAAAUUCUCCAUGGAAAUUCAGUUAAUGUUGGCUUGGACAAGAAGAAUGGGCGAGGAAGGCACAAGGCUGAACCGGACAUGUUUAAAGUGGAUCCAGCUUCUCCAUGGCGCCACGAGCUUCUUUCGUUUGACGAAUGUGUUUCAUCCGCCUUAAGGUACUCUACCACGCCUUUGAAAAAUACAUAUAAGAGAGUAGGAACUAAUCAAUUGAAUAAUCGCCCGUCAUUUUCCCUAUUUUGGGAUUCGCUUGGUAGAGCAAUGGAAUUAUACUAUUCCUUGAGUGGAACGCCUGAUUUUAAUGCGUACCGGGUGUCACGCUUAACUCACUUGCUACACAACGGUCUGAGAUCGACUAGAGAUCAAUUGGUAAAAUUAAGCAGAAAGCCAGAUUACGAUUCGCAGUCUUUUCACAAGGAAAUGAUGAAUUUUUUGUGUAAUUCGUUAAAGGACAUCUCCGAUGAUAUCUUGAUAAACAAGGUAUCUGUUAAUGGAUAUGGGGCUACUCACUUGUUAACUUCAUUCAAAGAACUGUCUUUUGACGAUGAUUGUAUUCGAAUUUGGGAAUCAGCGAAGAAGAUGUCCAAUGAAACUACCUCCCAGGCGUUUCAGGAGCCCAAAGUGGUUGGUUUUAUGUUGCCACUACUUUAUACCAAAACCCACUCUUUGACCGAGCCUAACGAGCUGUAUGACCAAGUUAUUCAUUCGGAAGGAUUCACCCAUCCCAAUCUUUAUUGCGGACUAAUCAAAGUGUUCAUAAAGGCAGAAGACUAUGAGAAGGCGUUGUCCUUGUUUGGGCAAUUAUGUGAAAAGGCUGAAGUGAGGAAUUAUGGCUAUUUGAUUGAAACGCAUUUAGGUUUCAUAGGCGAUUCCAAAAAUCUAACAUUGGCAGAAAGUUUUUUUGACAAAAUUAUCAAUGACGAAAUGCCAUAUAAGAUUAUUCUGCAGGUCUCCACAGUGAACUCAUUUUUGCAGAAUAUAUGGAAAGAGGAGAAGGAUUUUGAUCAUGUUUACAGGAUUUGGGAGAAGGCUGUUAAAUUCUAUGGGAACACUGUUAAUCCUGGAAUCUUGUCUUCAUUAAACAACACUUUUUUCUCAAUUUUUUUUGAAAAUUACGUUAAUGAUAAUAUCAAGGGUUUCCAAAAGCUACAAGAAAUCAUAACAUUCUACAGUGGUGUCAAAAAAAUUGACGAACCAUUUUUCAACGUUAUGUUGACUAAAGCAUCAAUUUGGCACGAACGCAGUAUAAUCGAUUUUAUCGAUAAAAACUACACUAUGUACCAUAUUCCAAGAACCAUUAUAUCAUAUAGAAUUUUACUAAAGUCACUGGGAAGCAUAGAUAACACGAAUAACGAAGAGAUUCUGAACAAAUGGUUAGAGUUGGUAAAUAAACUGAAUGAACUAGGCCAACAGUAUAUAGCCAAUGCGGAUCUAUCUGCUUUGAGAGAUGCAACAGUUAUAUGGGCACAAUCAAAGAAGGAUGAAAAGGCCUUCAUCGCAAAAUCUGAAGAAGUACCGGUCACUACGACAACCACAAAGGAAGACGUAAGAGCCCCUGAGGCGUUGGAAGCUUUAAAAAAUGACGAUUCUGCUUCGAAAUCCGACGAUAGAAUAGAGCUGUACUUGAAAAUAUUAAAAAGAUAUACGCCCUACUUCCGGGCUUCAAAACAAGUAUACAGGUAUACCACUGGUUGCGCAGAGUCAUACCCAAUAUUGAAUCAAUAUCUAGGCGGUUACUCUGAUUUAAAUGCAGAGGAUAUUCCAGUGCCUCAACUACACAGUUUUGUUCCCAGGGAGCAAAAGAACUAG